AGACUCCACGUUUGGCUCAGACCGUGUCGGCAUCGCCCACGUAAACAGGCUUCUUUUGUGUCAUUCUGACAAUCCAUCAGCUUCACCUGUCUUAGGACUUAUUCUUCAUACGUAUCAAGCAAUCGGCAUGGCGUCGCUCAUGCAGAUGUCCUUUGUCCUCGAUCCAUACACUACAAGCGGCCUCGUGUCCGAGGCCCUCAAGCACGUCCCCGACUGGGCCCCAUCAGCCCUGCCAGUGAUGCCGGAGGUGCUGCAGCUGCUCGUGGUGACCUGCUCCAUGAUCUUCGGCUGGGCGGUGCUGCCCCGGGCCCUCGUGUGGAUCUGCCCCGCCCCCAAGACGAAGGGCGGCGCCCCCGCGGCCGCGCAGGGAUCCCUCCGCCGCGCCGCCGCACGGGACGGCCUGGCCGAGGCCGCUGCCGAGGCGGCGGCCGCUGCGGCCUGCGCCCCCGCGCCCUCGCGCCGCGACCCGUCCUGGCAGUCGGCGCUGGCCCUGCUGGAGUCUCACGGCGUCCUCGGCGCCGAGCCAGGGGCAUGGAGUGGACGUCCACCAUCUGCCAAGGAGUACGAGGGAUCCGCCAUGGCUGCUCCCAGGGAGAUCCCCUGCCUUGCGAGCCAUUCGCCGACGCAGGAGAUGGAAAUACUGGAGCACUACGGCGUCCUCGGCGCGGCGCCGGGCUCAUGGGGCAAGCGGGUGGCGCAGCCCCGCACCCGGGCGCCGAGCACGGGCAUCUCCGUCGAGAUCCUGACCAUCGUGGCUUGAGCAUCUCGGCACCUUCCUAAUCCUCCUCCUCAUUCCUCUUUCUCCUCCUAGUCCUCCUCGGUCCUCCAUGAGCUGACAAUUAGCGCGCGCACUCGUACGACCCCCCGAAGUCCUGGGGAGGAACUCUGGGGGUGGGGGCGGCUGUGGGUGUGCCUGGUCGGACGGGGAUCCCCGCUCGCACGGGAGCCCCCCUCGGGGUCCGACAGCCCGCAGCCGUGCCGACCGUGCGCCAUCGAGUCGCGAGGCGCGGGCUGGCACCCCCUAUAGGUAUGUGGCGUUCUGUCCGUUCAUGGGUUCUCAUAGUCCCUCCCCUCCAGGGUGGGAUGGUGGAGGGUGAGAGAAGCAGGAGGAGGACCACGACGACCUGUGUGUACAGGCUUUGCGGCUGCCGUGAGGAUGGCUGCCACGAGGAAAUGUCCGUACGGCCCAGCGUCCCCGUACACAUUUACGAGUGAAUACGCGCGCUGAGGUUUUAAUUGACUCAGAACUCGUACUGUCCAUCCUUCGGUGGAUACCUUCCGGUGGAGACCCUCCAUCCCACUAUAAUUUUUAUUCACACUCUCAGCCGCUCUGGUGGCACCACUUCUUCUGGAAAGGCAGCCUGCUCGCAAGUAGCACCCCGGUCCGGCUGAUAGCUGUCUAUCAGUCUGGCGGAGCGGUCCAGGCCACACCAUGAUUGGUGGCGUGGUCGGUGCGAAGAGCUUGCUUUGGUCUACGCUCGCCAGUUCUCCGAGCAGGCGAGCCGUCUUUGCCACGGCGUCCCACCGUGCCGUUCCUCCCCCUAUUGCUAUUCGUGAAUAUGGGCACGGUGGCGGUUUCCUCCUCAUGAUUUGCCCCCGUUGGUCCUCCUUGCGAACGUGAAGCUGGAGCUCGAGAGGAGCUCCGUGAGACUUCAUAGAAACACACACACGUUCGAUUUCGAUCGGCACGUCGUCGACAGCCACAGGUGGCCAUGCUAGGCGACUCCGGGCAUCUCAAACUGCCUUGCUGAUAGCUUUCCUGACGCUGCACGCGCAUGUCUGCAAGCCGCAGUGCCUGUCUUGCGCCGAUACCCUCCGGUGCCACAGGCACGAUUUCAUGGACAAAUGUUGCCGAAAGUUGGCGGCUCGAACGCUAUCUUUUGUGAGAGGAGGAGCAGCCCAAGGCUAUGUCACCGAAUGACACAGUAC